AUGGAUAGUCUUGCCUCUUGGCAAGCUGACCAGCGGCGCGUGCGGCCAUUAGUCGAUGGUGGCCACGAAGCAGAAGGGAAUCAACGCGACGACGAUAUGAUCAUUCGAAUAUACGACAUCGGUCGCGACUUAUUCCAGGCCUUUGUGAGAGCUUUGAAAAACGUAGACGAUUUACCCAAACCAUUGUACCGUAGAUUUGAGUGCGGGUAUACUCGUUAUGUGGGUUGGGCCCUCGACUACAAUGUCCAAGACGAUACGCUUGACCGUCUCCUUGCGGAGUCACGAAGGCUUCGUGAACUCACCGUGGAGAUAUUGAUCGACAUCUGUGCUCUACUUCGACAAGGUCAGACUCCCCUCCACUGA